AUGUCCUUUAGCUGGAGACGUCUCGCUACUACAUCAGGCACCGAAAUCGGCGUCGAGGCAUCAUCUCUUUGGACUGUUGCUCUUGUUUUGGCAGGCCGUGAUGUCUGCUCUCCUUCUGUUGGCCCGGUCAAUCUUGAGCAAUAUGCUUACACUCCCCUCUUUCGUAUUACAGUCAUGAAUCAAGCCCGUACUCGUAACAUCGCUUCCAUUUGCCUUCCUUCGGAUUGUACCUGGAUUCUAGACCAACCAAGGAAAGUCAAGUCAGCAAACUCUGGUCUGCGUGCCUACAGAUUGAAGAUUUCCGUCUCCUCGACCAAGGAUGGAUGGGACACUGUCAUGAUUACAUUGCCAUACGACGGAGAGAAUGGAAGCGCCGUGCUGUUUGGCCAAGCUUUAGCACAUGCAUUUGAUGUUGUUAAGGAGAGCCUCCGUCAAGCUUGA